AUGAAGAAAAUUAUUUAAGAGAACUUAUCUCCUGAAGAAGCAAAAACUCUCUGGAAAUAUCUUGAUGAUGCAUGUUAUCUCAUUGCUGAACAUCAAACCAAGCAACUAUCCUUCUAAGAAUUGUAUAAUCAUGCCUACAAAUUGAUUCUCAAUAAGUUUGGAGAUUUCGCCUAUACUCAACUACAAGUUUCUAUUCAUAACAUUGUGGAUAAACUCAUCCAUCCCCUCAACAUUAGCAAUGAUGAUUAAUUAUUGAAUGACUUCGUUAAGGCCUACGAAGAGGUUCAAUAUUUUAGCAAAUUAUUGGCUGGCAUUCUACUUUACAUGGAAAAAUCAUAUAUAAUUUAAAAAUCUCUAAAGACUAUCAAAAUCAUUUGCAAUGAAAGUUUUAAAACUAAAUGUUUUGAGAAAGACCAAAAUCUAGCUUCAAAAUUACUCAAUUGUUUUCUUGCUCAAAUUCGCAAUCAUCGAAAUUCUCAAGUUAUCGAACUUUUUAAUUUAAAAAAUGCAUUAUAAAUACUUGUAAUAAUUUUCACAUUACUCUAGAUUGACAUCAAUCAAGAACAACAGAUUAAGAGCAAGGACUACAGUUACACUAUUGAAUAUAGAAACAAUGAUGACUUCUAUAAGUACUUUCUAGAACGCAAACUUAUUUAAGAUUCUACCCGCUAUUUCAAAGAAGAAAGCCAAUUAAAUCUAAAUAAAAUGACUAUUGAAGAAUACAUCCUUUUUGUCGAGAAAAGAUAUUAGAAUGAAGUCGAAAGAGUCUAAAGUUGUAUACCUAAAAUUUCCCACUAAAAGGUUUUGGAUAGUUUCAUCAAAAAUUAUAUCACCUCCAAUUCGUAAUACAUAUCUUAAGGACUCUAAGAUUUUAUUGAAAAUGAUAAGACUACUAUUUUCAUUAAGAUUUUUUAAUUAUUUGUCAAAAGUGAAGAAUUUGAUCAGUUUAUUAAAACAUUGACUUAAAUUAUCAUAGACGAUUUAUAAUUACUCAAUCAGAAUGAUAAUACUCUAUAAGGAUUCAUCAAAUUAUAUGAGAAGAUAUUCUCUAUGUAUGAUAAAAUUGCUUAAUUUGGAAACAAUUAGCAUUAAUAUAAAUUUCACAAAGCCAUAAAAGAUGCUUUUGAGUAGGUCAUUAAUAAAGACAAUUUUAUUAUGUUCGAAUUGAAUAAAUAUUUUGAUUAUAUAAUGAGAAUGGAGUCCUUGAGAGAUGACGAAAAGAGAGUAUAAAUAGAAAAGGGAUUUUUGAUAUUUAAAUUAGUGUAAUCGAAGGAUGAAUUUGAAUAGAUAUAUAGAAGACAUCUAUGUGUUAGACUUUUAGAUUAAGCAUCCAGUUCUUCCGAAGUAGAACAUGAUUUACUUAAGAAACUUAAAUUGGAAUGUGGCUCUGUCUUGACUCAUAAGAUGGAAACCAUGUUUAGUGAUUUAUAGAGAAGCAAUGAGGAAAGUUAAAAGUUCAGACAAAAAUUGUCAUAAAGUUAAAGAGAAUUGAUAGACUUAGAUGUAUUAGUUCUUACAUCUGAAUAAUGGCCAAUAGCUGAUUAUUAACCAAUCAUAGUACAUAAUGAAUUGUUGUAAUGGCAACAGCAAUUCACCUCAUAUUAUUAGAGCAAGAAUCAAAAGAGGAAAUUGGCAUUUAAUUAUGGAUUAGGCUCUGUUUCUCUUAAAGCAACUUUUGAUCUAAAUUGUAAGAAAGAUUUUGUUUGUUCUGUCUUAUAAGCAACCAUUUUGAUGCAUUUCAAUAAAUAACGCAUAUAUAAAUUGGAUGAACUGAUAAAAUUAACCAAUACUGAUUAAGAAGUCAUGUAAUCAGAAUUGGAAAAUCUUCUAUAGUUUAAAUUAUUAAUCUAAAAUUAAGAAGAUAAUUCAUUAUAAUUAAAUUACAAAUUCUAACAUCGAAGUUACAAAAUUAAGGUCUAACCAAAAAAACAAGCUUUACUUUUCAAUUAGAAAUCCAAAAAUAAAUAUUAGGAAUACAAAAUAGAUUAGAAAGAAAUAGCACUAGAUAGAAGAGUGUAUUUGGAAUCAUUGAUUGUUAGAGUUCUCAAAACAAAAAAGUAAUUAGAUCACAAAGAUCUAUUUAAAUAUAUUGACAAAGACGCAAAAACUAGACAUUUUCCUAUUGAAAUUCCUUUCUUUAAGGAAUGUAUAGAGAAUUUGAUAUAAAAGGAAUACUUAAUAAGACAGGAAGGGUAAUUAGACACGUAUAUUUAUAAAGCAUGA